AUAUAAAUAACAUUGUGACUUAGCAAUAUGGCAUCUUAUUUAAUACCUAAUAUGUAUAAACAUGUUAUUUUUUGGAGCGGAACAACUGAACUAAAUCAUUACGUACGGCUAUAUAUACAUAUAUAAUAUGUAGGUUAUAUUUAUAAUAUUACAUUUAAUACUAAACCACGAAAAUCGUAAAUAAUAUCCUAUAGCUGCUCCUUCGUUCACUAUUCCACUUACAAAAAUUCGAAACACGAGAAAUCUAAAAAAAAAACACCAGAACGGGUUGAAUUUGAUAAGUACCUGCAAUAUAUUUUCGUAACAGUAUCGUCUUUUGUCAUUAACAUUUACUUCCGUUGCAACAUCGUGUAAUUAAAAACAGGUGGUGUUUGUUUAACGAUAACAGUUUGUACUGCGACUUUAUAUUAACCAUAUCAAAUACUAUACUUGUGAUUUCGCCUCGACAAUAAUGAAUACUAUAUCUAGUACGGUUACGAUAUUUUUGUUUAUCUCUGUAACUGCUACGUUUUUCAUAACACCGGGGGUUUCAAAACCAUCAGAAGAUGCGACAUUAAGUAUUACUGAAUUUGGAAUUAAAUAUGGACACUCUGUCAAAGAGCAUGAUGUGGUCACUGAAGAUGGAUACAUUUUAACUCUAUUCCAUAUCCCUGGAAAAACAAAGCGAUCUAUCCUUCUAAUGCAUGGGAUUCUUGAUUCCUCUGACACAUUUAUAUUAAGAGGAAAUUUGUCUUUAAUCAUUACAUUGGCCAACAAAGGUUACAACGUAUGGGCUGGAAAUACAAGAGGCAACAAGUAUGGUCGGAGACAUAAAUAUCUGGAUCCUGACACCGAUGCAGAGUUUUGGGACUUCAGUUUUCAUGAAACUGGUUACUACGAUCUGGCUGCUUUAGUUGACUUCAUUCUAGUGUCUACGGAUGAGCAGAGUAUAAGAACAAUAGGACAUUCUCAAGGAACGACGGCCAAUUUUGUUUUAUUGUCAUCAAGACCAGAAUAUAACGAGAAAAUUAAAGGGUUCAUCGCCCUAGCGCCUGCAACAUUCUUAAGGAAUGUACGUCCUCCAGCUUCAAACUUGGCUAAAGAAGGUCCAGCGAUAAAUAGGUUUUUGAAAUCUUUAGGAAUAGAGGAGUUACUAGGAGAUCAAUUAGCGGCGAGUGAACUUUACAAAUUACUAUGCAGCCAAAGGAUUUUUAGUUACUAUCUCUGCUUUUUGAGUACCGUAUUACCAAUUGUUGGUAUCGAUCCUACAAGAAUUGAGCCUGAGUUUUGGGAAGUUAUCAUUGGGCACAACCCUUCAGGUACUAGUCGGAAAAGUAUCAUACAUUAUUUUCAACUUAUCUUCAAUAAAAGAUUUGCUAACUAUGAUUAUGGACCUGUAGAAAAUUUCCGAAGGUACAAAUCUUUGAUACCGCCAAGUUAUAACUUGAAACAGGUUACAACAAAUGUCUCAUUGUUUGUUGGUCAAAACGAUCCAUUAGUGACGGUAAAGGAUGUAGAUAUUCUUAGGUUAAUGCUCCCUAAAGAUCCUAAAUACCAUUUAAUGGAACCGGAACUAUGGAACCAUAUUGACUUCAUCUGGGCUAAUGAUAUGGAUGUAUAUUUGUAUCCAUAUAUAUUCUCGUCAUUACAAGACUUUGAGUAAUUAUGACAUUCAGAUGGCAACUGCAGCAGCGUUGCUGUUGCAACGUUGCAGUAUUCUAUUUUGAAAGUGCACUGGUUUGAUGUAAACAAAGUCAUUAUCUUCUUUCUUGCAAUAGAUUUGAAAAAUAUCCAUAUUAAAAUCUAAGUAGUGAAUUUUUUUGUUACGAGUAGACAGGCACAUGUGCAUAUCUGAUUUUUGAACUGUUAGAAAUAACCACCAUGUUGAAAUUGGAAUAGACACGGCGCGGGACUCACAGGUCAAUUCAA